GCUGCUUAUGUUCAAGGCGUUUUAUUAGGUUUGUCCACAAGGGGGCGCCAGAGUCUCAGACGCAAACAAGUUUCUGCGCUCAUUGAAUCUUCAUUAAUCUGCCUGUUAUAGAGUUAAUAAUGUUAAAAACUUUUAAAGUGUUGCAGUGAGUGAUCAGGAGGAAAGAGUUAUGCACAGAACAAAAUGAGAAGUGUUUAUUUUAUCUGACAACCUGGAAUUAAGAUAAUAAAACCAGAUCCCUGCGGCUCCAAGUCAGUUUGUUUCUGAUAUUAAGAGUCUCAGUCCUUAAUCUGCUCUGAAGUCCAGAACGAGAAUCUCCCACAUUCCCCACAGCGUGACUGCGUGUUUGCUUGAGAUAAACCAGGUGAAGAGGACAAAGGUCAAGUUCAAAGGUCACUCAGAGGUGUGUGUUGGAGUCCAGGAAGCAUGUGAAGCAGCGACGGCGGUUUGUUGAGUGGAUGAUGGUUUUCCUCAGGCGGACGCUGCUGCUUCGCUACCUGCUGCUGUCCACCGGGCUCGCUCUCCUCCUCUUCCUCACCUCCUUCUGGCUCCCUCAGGGUGAACAGAGAGACUGCGGCUCAGUGUGGCAGCCAUGUUUGACGUAUUACAUCCAGACGCCUCUAGCCCCGCCCAUCCUGGAUGAGAGGGCGGAGUCAGACGAAGCCCCGCCCCUUGUCAAAGAAUGUCCUGGACAGACGUUUCAGGCCCGGAAGCUGCUGCAGUUUCUCCGGUCCAGCCUGGCUGAGGACGGCGAGGACGUCCUGCUGGAGCCGUACCUGCUCAGCUGGGACCAGCUGCUCAACUUCAUGGAGUCUCUAGGAACGAUGGUGAGUUUCUUUUCUCAGAAAGUGAGAGAAAAGACCGAACUGAUCCGACAGCUCUCCCUGAAACGCAGCUCAGAGUCUCAGGCAGCCGGUUCCUCUGGAUUAAGAACCGGGGCGUAUCGAUCUGUUCGAUCCAUGGUGGAGGCGGAGCUGCAGGCCGGAAUGGUCAGCUUCUCCCGCCGGACGGACUCAGGCUGCCGGACGCUGCUGCGGCUGCAUCGCUCGCUGCUCUGGCUGAAGCUGAUGCUGGAGGGUUUGUCUGAGGGUCCAGACGCGGAGGGACGAUUCAAAACGCCCGGAGAGCUCAGCAGAGACGCCUACAAGGUGGCGUUGGCCCCCCACCAUCCCUGGAUGCUCCGCCAGGCCGCAGAGAUAGUCUUCCUCGCUCUUCCUGACAGAGAGUACUUCCUGCAGCUGGUGUGUGUGCAGAAACAGGAAGAGGCAACACCCGUGCUGCGCAUCAUCAUCCACGCGCUCUCGGUGGUCCACACACGGACUCAACGCCUCCUGGCGAAGUACAACAUGUUGGAGCUGCCCUGAACAGGAGACUUCCUGUCAUUACCCAGACAGACAGGAAAACUCCAGCGAGUUCAAAUCACAGAGACGGAACCGUCUGAGUAGGUGGAUACUGCAAAAAUAUAUCAGUUUUUAUUAGAGGUUAUUUAUGCUAAAACAUCACAAGACAGAAAAUGGUGUCUCAGUCAAUAAUUGAGACCAACAGGAGGAAAACUCGACUCAUACAGUAGAAGAAACAAUACACAAUAGAAGAAACAAUAAACAAUAGAACAAUAGAAGAAACAAUAAACAAUAGAAGAAAGAAUAAACAAUAGAAGUUUCUGACACUUAUCUAAACCUGUUAAGUUUCAUCACAGCACUGAAGCAGCUCUGGUCACUGAGGGUCAUUUCUCUGAUGAUGGACUUGAGUCAGUUCUGGUUCUAACACAGCACUCCAGGGAAACAGGAAACAGAUGUUUCAAAGGUUUAAUUUGUUCUUGCUAAUGAUAAAUCUUCCUCACAUACAUGCAGUAAUAAAAAUCCUGGACCUGAACCGAGUGCCUGAUGAGCUCAGGUCCAAAAACCAGGCUGCUAAUCCCAAAUUAGCUGCUUUACAGUCCCUGUUUUAAAUUAAAUCACCGUCGGUGUGCAAAGCUGGAACAUUUCUCAUUUAUUCACAGGAAUGAAAACCUAUUUCUCAAAUCAAAAAGGAUUUGUUCACAACAGAAUAAAAUCAAUGCAGCGUCACAGGGGCGUCUCAUUCUGUUGACUUUCUAACAGAUGAGUUUCUGCAUGUUGUAAAAUGUGGUAACAGUGAAAUAAAAUACUUUCUCAUAUUACAGU